AUGUCCUCUCUUUUAGGCCCAGUCACAACUUUCCAAGUAGGCGAUGUCAUCUACGGCUUGGCGCCUUGGUUGCUCGUCUCAGCUGCAGAUGUUAUUGUCCAGUUUGAAAGUAAUGGAUUUCUCAACUCCACAACUCGCUGGGUCCUGUUCAUGGCGACCCUCUGGACCGUUCGUACGAGAUUAUACCCUACAAUACGUCGCCGUCGAGACUACUGGUUUAGAGACUUAUGCGGUCAUAUUCUAUUCGCUUCUUUUGAUGCAUUCGCACUCACGAUGGCUGAUUAUCGUUUCUUUACCAGCAACUGGUGGGAGGCCGUCAAGGCACUUGUGAUCGCCUUGACGUACUUUAAAAUUUAUUGUACCAUCGAACAGGGCCCUACCUUCCCUGAGCCUUUCACAUCACAGUCUGGGGAUAACCCCGCUCGCACUCUACCACCAACUCCGACCCCUUUUCCCGCCCCUUUUCCUGCCCCUACCGGCGUCCCGGUUCCAGCACCAGCACCAGCACCAGCACCAGCACCAGCUCCUGGCCCUGCUCCCGCACCUGUUCCCGCACCCGCUCCGGCGCCUGCACCGGCUCCGGCCCCUACCCCCGCUCCUGCUCCUGCUCCAGGGCCCCAGCCUCGACCCCGAAUUCGAAAGCAAGUCGGACCCCAGGGUCAAAAUCAAUCACGAACUUGGGGUCAGCACCAAGUACAAUACCAGGGCCAGGGGCAACCUAAGUUUCAACCUCAAGGCCAGUCCCAAGCCCAAAACCCGGCACAGCCCAUUCAAUGGGUAGCGGCCGGGCCGACGACAAAGGGCCAGCCAGAGAUGAAACAAGUUCCGUCCAACGGCGGAUCGUUUUCUGCUCGCGCGAUACACACCCUAACGCCUUCGUCAAAGUAAUUAUUAGUGCUUGAGAGCUAGAGGGAUAUAUGAGUCCCCUGAAGUCUUUUCCUUCGUACAGGAGUUAUCUAAGUAUGGAAAAAUAGUUUGAAAAGAAACAAAAAAAAAAGAGAAAAACGAAAGAAAAGGAAAGAAAAGGAAAGAAAAAAAAAUCCCCUGUAUUAAAGUAGAUCAGUAAUAUACUUGAAUUUGUCUUGAUAAAAAGUCCUUGCCCGAUUUAACUCUGCUUCACUUGAUUAAACGCUAUAUAUUGUUAACCUGACUGAUGUAAAUGGUUACGCCUCAG